AUGAGUGGGUUGGCGUCGGAUGUCGAGGCCGAGGGGCCUCAGGCGCGCCGUCGGGAAAGGGGGCAGGCGAAUGCUGAUGUGCAGAAGAUGUACAAGAAAGGUCUCCACGCAUUCCUGCUGGGCGUCCUGCAGUACUUCAAGUCUGGACAUGGCCCGGCAUGGGACUGGAGCGUGAUUGCUUCCAAGUUCAAGAGCUCCUGUGACGAUCCCAAUGCUGCGCCGAGUCCUGCGGCCCUUCAGAGGGUAUGGAUAUACUUCUCCUUUCGACCAGAAGGAGGCGACGGCUUUCGACUGGCCGAUGAGCGCGAUGUUUCUAUGGAUAUCUUGCCGAAUCCUACAGAAUUGAAUUCCAAGAUUGAGAACAUCGUCGACGACGACAUUCGUAGAGCUUUGGGACAACUUGCAAACGGUGGUUUCUGCUGGGAACAAAACGAAAUUCAUGGAGAUGGAAAUCUCCCCAAAGGCCCGUCAAAAAGGCGCUCUGACGAGGUUUCAUUGACAUCUCCCAUCUCCAUCUACUUCGAGGAUGGGCCGAGGUCAAACAAGAAGGCUUUCAACUCAGACGUCAAGGCCAAUUUGUCAGCGAGGGAAUCAAGUUAUGUAUCACAGGACGGGGAUGAAAGCUCCUCCUCCUCCUCCUCCGUCAUCCCCUCGACCCCAUCGACUCCCAAGUUGUCGAUCAAUCAGAGCAUCGCGCUCACCCCCAAGUCAGCCUCUGCGCUCAUCUCUUCGUCAGCCGAGCAGAUGGACAAGAUCCCUCCUCAAACCCUCUGCUGA